CUGUCGUUCAACUUCUGUAAGAAACUCCAAAAACUUGUUUGCGUCUGGUGAAAUAAGUAUGGAGCCUGAGUAUCGUUCAUCGUACAUUUCAUAUCCGAUGGUGGAUCGAACUACAAAAAUACUGCCACGUGAAGCAUUUCGCCUCGAUCCUGACCCAGUAGAAAACAAAAUUCAUCCAACCGUUCAAGAGGUUCCUUCCUGCCAAAAACUGGCAAAUGAUAAAAGUUUACGUGAACUUGCCGCUCGCAACCUUCAGAAAAGUCGCCUUCAGCAAUACGUUGGAGAUAAUAAAUACAACACCGCGCCAUCUGAGUACAAACGCCAAUUCGUACAAUUUCCCAUCGAAAAAGCACACUCCAUACCACAAAUAUCUCAUAUAAAAAUACAAGGUAAAUUUGGGGGUGUGCCAGAAUAUCAAGACUGUUUCAAAAUGUAUGACAAUUAUUCGAAAAGCGCACCAAUAAAAAAGGUUGACAAUUUACGAGUAUCUGGUGCUGAAAUAGUAGAAAAGGCAAAUGAUGAUACUAAAUUACCAGAAUAUCGGGAGAAAUUUCGUGAACCACCGAAAAGUGUAUCGAAAGAAAAAGCAAUUAAAAUCCCUGACCAUCUGCAUCCAAACGGACAAUUUUCGAAAGAUAUUCCAGAAUAUUACGAAAGCUUUCGUGAUCCGAAGAUUACACAGAUGCCAGAACGUGGUAAAUGUCGGGAACCAUAUUUACGCCUCAAAGGUAAAAUCGAAUUCAACCCAGAAUAUCGCAACACUUUUUUGGAUUUCCCACGUUCACGGCCAAUCAUACGAAAACCAGCUUCCACAUUUCGUCUGCCAAAUUCAUCAACUACGUCCAACACGACGCUUAUUAAAAGUCCCAAAUCUGCACGUCGCAAAUUUAAAUCGUAUUCCCCAAAACGAAAGGAGUAUAUUGAAAAUUCCCCAAUUACAGACAUCACCACAACGCCGGAAUAUCGUCGCGCUAAUUACCAAUAUCAGCUGCGCGAACGUACUCCCACACGCGAACCCAAGGAGGAGAAAGGAGAAAAGGUUGUUGGUUCAGUAUCCAACACUAAAUAUGUGUCCAUCGCAACCCAACGCAAAAGUUCCGAAUCGUCAACGGAUGUACCCGGUAAGUCGUCAUAUUUGCAGAAGCGACGUACUUCCCGCCAUCGCCAAGCAACUAUUGGUUGUCAUCAUGGUCCAGGUGCACCACCGAGUUUUGAAAAUGUUGUGGGUUGUGCAACAAAAAAGGCAGCAAAAUUUGGCAGGCGCGCAUCUAUGCUUCAGAACACAUCAACUCUGGGUAAGGACAGAACGGGAUAUGCCAUGUCGAAUCAAAAAGCCAACGAUGAGUCAUUCGUUGUGCUGAACGAGCCUUGUAAAAAGUCACACUGGAUGAAGAAGUCCUGGUACGAAUCGUAAUUGUAUUAUUGUAUGUGGAAUGAAAAUUUUAGUAGAGUAAUUUGUGUUUACAAUGGAAGAUAUACUAAAAUAAAUGUUUACUAGCUUUAACCCUUACUAGCAAAUAUACCCCGCUCCGCCUUUGAGCAAUUGAAAAAUUGUGCCAAAUAUUUGGAAUAUACAUGCAUACCAGUGUAGCCAAAAAUGGGCUUUUCCUAUCAAAACUGGUACGGUUUUUCCCAUUUGGAAGGUUGGUAGGCUAGAUUGGAUUUUGGUAGGUUCCGCGACAAUAAUAGUUAUUUGCGAAAAAUAUAAAAUAUGUAUCCUGGUGACAAAGCAACGCAAGUAAAAGUGGGUUCCACCUUCAGCAAGCUGCACCGACGGUACAGGAGCUAUGGGCACCUGUCCAACGGAUGCCCUUGGUGUCAUUACAGACAUUCCUCCUUUGUCUAUUUUGUUUGAAAAAGAGGGCUGCUGAAGUGCCCUACAACUGCCCAAUAUGAUCAGCAAGAAAUUUUGGGAUCCUCGGGGUCAUUUGGAGGUUCUAAAGCCAUUUCUGGAUAAUCGCGAGUUAUCCUUCUACAAACCCUACAAGGUAACAAUUCCUGAAGGGGACUUCUGUGAAGUGAUAGUAACUAUGAUUGACGAAAGGUCCCACGCAUGGUAUACCGACGGAUCAAAUUAAAUAUUUGUCGGAUAGUCAGGCAGGUUAAAGGUCUUGGACUCUUCUAAAACGGCAGCAGGCUUGUGGAAAGCUGUAAAACUUUUUUGAACCACUUGGAAGCUCACAAUAACAUAACACUGUGAUGGAUUCUGGGACAUGAAGGGUUUGAAGACAAUUAAAUCUGACUGUCUCGCAAAGCGGUGAGCCCAAAUGCACUAGCAUAAGGUUGGAGUGAUUACAAUUAGGGUUAAGAGCAAUAGAUCUUCUUAGGUUGCAGCGCGUUUCUCCCCGACGUAAUAAUAGUAACAAUAAUAAUAUGUAUGUGUAACAAUACGAACAUUUCUGUAGA